CGGCAGACACCCAGGAAGGCGGGGUCCUUCUCUGGGGCGGUCGCGCGGGCAGUAGCUGCAGGAAGUCGACACCGGGCAACAUGUAUUAUAAGUUUAGUAGCUUCACGCAGAAACUGACGGGAGCGUGGGCUUCCGACGCUUAUAUUCCUCAGGGAUUAAGGCCUGUGGUUUCCACAGAAGCACCGCCUAUCAUAUUUGCCACACCAACUAAACUGAGUUCCAAUUCUACUGCAUAUGAUUAUGCUGGGAAAAAUAAAGUUCCAGAGCUGCAGAAGUUUUUCCAGAAAUCUGACGGUGUGCCCAUCCACCUGAAACGAGGCUUGCCUGACCAAAUGCUUUACCGGACAACCAUGGCGCUGACUGUGGGAGGGACCAUCUACUGCCUGAUCGCCCUCUACAUGGCAUCGCAGCCCAGAAACAAAUGAGUUAGGCUGCAGAGGACUGGUUUGCUUUUUAGCAUAAAUCCUUUGAAUUUUCAUUUUUCAUUAUUUCUGUAAAAAAAUUUUUUUUUUUUUACUUGAAUGGCCUACUUAACAUUCUUCAAGAAAAACAGAAAUUAAGACCGUAUUUUGGUUUGUUAUGAAAUGCACAUGGCCUGGCAGAGCUCAUUCAAUAGUUAAAACUAUUGUUUAAAGAAAUGCUGCUGCUCUCUGCAUUUGGGCUUCUGAUUUCCCUGGAGGUUCUGAAUGAAGGUUGCAUACAGUCUCAUUAUGGCAGUCUGUGCUGAGGUUCUUGGGGACUUAUGGUGGAGUUUUGAGCUUGGGAUGGAGAAGCCUUUUUGGAUUUGGAUGUGAGUGAGGAAGGAAAACAAGCUAAGGCCAGGCACAUGAGAUGAGAGAUUUUGAGUUAGUAGUCACCUUGGGGUUUUUUCCAUCCUGCAGUAAAAUGUUAAUAGAAAUUAUUUGCAGUCUGCCUCUGUUCAUUGGGCAAUUUGUUUCAAAGGGUUAUUUGUGUCAUCUCAGAUCUUUAGUGAAAUUUUAUGUGUAAUUGUUAUGUAUUUAUUCCACCAUGGGAACAGAGAACACCUGUUUAGUGUUGCACUUUAGACCAAUGUCUGUUUUAUUAAUACAGCUGUGACACAAAUUCUCCUUUAUCUUUAAAAAAUGUUAUGGCUUUAAAUUAUGAUUUAAUUGUGGAAUAAAUACAUGAAUGAAAAAAUCUCAAGUUUGAAGUCCUUUUAAAUAAGCUUUCAAAAUAAUUUCAGAA